UGAAGUUUAAAAGAGAUGGUGCGAAUUCUUUAAGAGGCAGUUCGAUGUUACUUGUGGUGUAAUAAGCUUGGUGUAAAUAUUAUAUACCGGCAUCCUCACAGAAAGCAACAUUUAAAGAGAGUUAAAUUAAUUGAGAAUGUUGACAGCUGUGCACAUUAUUUGUUCAUCUUGUGCAUUGGAAAUUAAGUCUGUGAUAGUUUAGAAAUUUACGAUAACUUUAGAAAUUAGAGUAAGAAUCAUGUUUCGGUGCAUUCCGAUAUUUGGUGGUUGUAACCGACAAGUCGAAUUUAUAGACAAAAGGCAUUGCAAUUUAAUAAGUGUUCCCGACGAUGUUUUACGUUAUGCUCGGACGUUAGAGGAACUAGAGUUGGAUGCCAAUCAUUUAAAAGAUUUGCCCAGGGGUCUCUUUAGACUAGUACGAUUAAGAAAACUGUCUUUAAGUGACAAUGAAAUUUGUCGUUUUCCUCCAGACAUUGCUAAUUUGGUCAACUUGGUAGAAUUGGAUGUUAGCAAGAAUGACCUUGAAAAUAUUCCAGAUAAUAUUAAACACCUGAAAGCAUUGGAGAUUGUAGAUUUUAGUGUAAAUCCACUUACAAAAAUUCCUACAGCCUUAACCCAGUUGAAAAACUUGAAAGCUGUAAGCCUUAAUGAUGUGUCAAUUGUACAGUUGCCCAAUGACAUUGGAAACUUGGUCAACCUUCAGUCAUUGGAGCUCAGAGAGAAUCUUCUAAGGAAUUUGCCACCAUCUUUUGCUUUCUUAACCAAAUUGGAACGCCUUGAUAUUGGUAGCAAUGAAUUUGAAGAGCUUCCAGCCCUUAUUGGCCAGUUGAGUAGCCUUCAAGAACUGUGGUUGGACUGUAAUCGACUCACUACUGUACCAAAGGAGAUAAAAAAUCUGAAAAAACUUAGUUGUUUAGAUAUUAGUGAAAAUAGACUGGAUUUCUUACCUGAAGCAAUAGCAGGAUUAGAGAGCCUUGCUGACUUACACUUGUCACAGAACUGUCUUGAAAGUCUGCCAGAGAGUUUUAGUGAGCUUAGUAAACUAACUAUCUUAAAGGCAGAUCAGAACAGAAUCACUGCCCUACCUUCAGGUAUAGGAAAAUGUGAAAGCCUUCAAGAAAUGAUAUUCACAGAAAAUUUACUAUCUGAUCUUCCAUCUUCAAUAGGAAACCUUGUUAAUGUGACAAACCUUAACUUUGACAGAAACAGACUUACCAAGCUUCCUUCACAAAUAGGUAAUCUAGUUCACUUAGGAGUCCUCUCUCUCCGAGAUAACCUCCUCAGUCACCUUCCUGUUGAAAUGGGAAUGUUAAAAGAACUACGUGUUUUAGAUGUCUGUGGAAACAAGCUUCAGUUUCUUCCUAUUACUGUAACUGGACUGAACCUCAAGGCUUUGUGGCUCUCUGAAAAUCAGUCCAAGCCCCUGCUGAAAUUCCAGACUGAUGAACAAGAUGGUAUGAAAGUGUUGACUUGCUUUCUGUUGCCUCAGCAGGACUACCAGAAUCAACUUCUAGGAGACUCCCAGCCUGGAAAGCUGAUGGUUUAUUCUACAUCUGAAAACCUUUUCCAAGAAACUUUGGACCAAGAUGAUUGGUAUCAAAAUGUUGGUGACAGAGUAUCAGCAGUUAGGUUUUGUGAGGAAAGUGAUGAAGAGAAAGAAGAAAAAGAGGGCCAGUUUAUAAGGCAUGACACUCCUCAUCCUCGAGAAAUGAAGGCUAGACAUCAUAAACUUUUUUCCAGCAUGUAUAAAACAAAGAACAUUGAUGGCCAUGUUGUAUCCCAUGAUGAGAGUGAAGACAUUACAGUUGAAAGUUUCCGACCUCAGCGAGCCUGUAAUGAUGAAGACAUGGUUGAUUCAAAAGAACCAGUCACAGUUGAUCAUUGCAGUAAAACAAUGGAUGAUACAAAUGAUAAACAAGAGGCACCUGCUCAUUUAUCAAAGAGUUUCUUGAGGCAUAAGAGAGAGAAAGAAUUGAUUUCAUCUAUUGAAGAACUUGAAAAAAAUGAGAUGCCUGUACUUCAGCAAAGACCUACCUAUCUCAGACAGGAAGAACAAUUGCAGGUAAAGGAGGCUGGUAUCCAAAUCUCCCCAACUCAUGACCAAGAAGAUUCAUCCUUAGACCAUUCCUAUGCUCAGCUUUCACCCGAACAUUCUAUAAUCAGCUGUACCACACUGCCAGACUCUUCAAAUGAGACUUCAGGAAUCAUUUGCUCUAGAGAAGAAGUGGUUAUGAAAGAUGACCCAGAGACAGAUGUGAACUCUGCCUCAGAAGAGUCUAAUAAUAGUGUUGCAAGAAUGGUUGAUGAACGAAAAGUAGGAUUUACCUCAGACAAUGAGGACCAGCCAGAACAUCACCAGAAACUUCAGCGAAGGGAUACUCCACACCAUCUGAAAAACAAACGCAUCAAUCCAUCUACUUCAAAAGAGGAUGAAGAAAAGGUCUCUGAAAUUCUGGCACAAACAAUGAGAAAAGAAGAGGAGCUUCUCCCAUCACCUCCACCUUCCCCUCCUCAACCACAAACUUCCAUUCAGCAAAUAGAAAGAUGUAAAGACAGUUUGGGAUCACUGACUCCAGGAAGUGCUUCUCAGCUCACUACAACUAGCCCUGUGCCUGGAGAGAUGGUAGAAGAUGUGCAUAGCAUUAUCAUUCACAGAAAUUCAUCAGGAUUAGGGCUUAGCAUUGCAGGAGGCAAGGGUUCAACACCUUACAAAGGUGAAGAUGAGGGAAUUUUCAUUUCUCGUCUCACUGAUGGAGGACCAGCACGUCAGUCAGGCUUAAAGAUUGGUGACAAAGUUCUUAUGGUAAAUGGAAAAUCUGUAGUAAAUGUGGACCAUUAUGAGGCUGUUGAGAUACUGAAGACAGCUGGAAAUUAUAUCAAACUAGUGAUCUUACGUGAACUUCCCAACUUCCUUAGCCACACUGAGGAUCCAUCUCCACUACCUCCAUUCAAAGAACAUCAAGAGUCAAAAAAAGAAGUGGAUACACCUUGUCUGGAACAAAGAGUAAACAAUCUUGCAGAGCUAGAGUGUGAGGAGUUAUCUUCUGAGAAUCUGUCAAAACCAGUAGCAGAAGAUGCUGUUAUUCCAUAUCCUGGUCUACUUAGUCGUGUAAACCAACAACAAAAAGAAGGUGUUAGUAACUCUAAGACUUCAGAACAAACUCAUGAAUUUUCUAGUGUAUCAACAUUCAACCCUCUCUCUGAUGAUGUAGAGUAUGAGAUGAAACAUGAGAUUGUCUAUACUACACUAAUUAGAAGUCAUGGUGGACUUGGACUUAGCAUAUCAGGAGGUCAUGAUUCGGAUUCCUUUAAAGAAGACAGUCAAGGUAUAUACAUCUCAUGUAUGGCUGAAAAUGGAGCUGCUGCCAAAGAUGGAAAACUAAAAGUAGGAGACAAAAUUCUGUCAAUUAAUGGAGUGGACGUAGAGGAUGCUCGUCAUGACCAAGCAGUCAGCAUGCUUAUGGGAUUAGAGCGAUUUGUCCGAAUAGUUGUCCAAAGAGACAAUCUGGUACCUAAAGGAUUCAAAGAACCCAGUAAGCUGGUCAUUCCUGAGAAAUCUGCUAAAACACUUGAGAUGCAAAAGUCUAAUAACAGUCUGUAUUCUUCAGACUCUUACAUGGCUAACAGACCAUCCUAUGUGGGCAGUUACAAAAAAGAUGGAAGGCCAACAUAUUCCAUCUUCACUAAACUACCUGGCCUUAAUAGUGAUCCUAUGGGAACAUCUCCAUACCUUUAUCCAUCUACCAGUACUCAAACCACUAGUACAUUCACUGCCAGAAGCCCAACAACACCAUUUUCUCAUCCUUCCAUGCUGGGUGCAUUCCCUACUGUGCCAACCACUACAACACAGCCUGUAAGAUGUAGCAGCUUUUCCAGUUUCACAGAUGCUGAUCUACAUUCUCAGCCUUUUUCAGCCACUUAUACCAGCAGUCCAACAUCGAGACAUGAGUAUGCAAAUUAUGUGCCAAUUUCAAACCUUCAGUCAAAAUAUCCUGACUCUCAAGCCCAUGUCUUUUCUACUCAUUUAGAGCCACAUCAAACAGAAAAUACAACUCUUCCAGAAUAUUCCAAUUCCCAGCCACAAAAUUCUACAAUGCAUUCGCAGUUGCCCCUAAAUACAUCUAUAUCAAUUCCAGCAUACAUCGACUCUCCAUCCCAAAUAAAUUCAGUUCAUUCACAGAAACCACAGAUGUAUGGUGAGUCAUCUCAAAACAUUCACUUACAUACAACAAACUUACAGAGAGCUGAAAUAACUCCAGUGAGUAGUUCAAGUCUUCAGCUAAAUGACUCUCAAAUGGCAGUAGCCAUUCGGCAAGAAGAGCCCUCUGUACUGGUAGGAUCAGAAUUGACUUCACUUAAAAGUCUUGGAACAUUCAAAGAAACCAUCAGCCAGUCAGCAUUUACAGAAAAUGUUAAUAUCCAAGUCAAUAAGAAUGUUCUGGCUCUUCCCAAAUUUGAAGAGGAGAUUACACUGAUAAAAGCUGGAGGACCUUUAGGUCUUAGUAUUAUUGGUGGCUCAGACCGUCCUUGUCAUCCAUUUGGCUGUGGUGCCCCUGGAAUAUUCAUAUCUAAGAUUGUCCCUAAUAGCACAGCAGCAAACUCAGGAAAACUUUGUGUAGGUGACCGAUUAAUUAAGGUGAAUGGUGUUGAUGUACAGAGAGCUUCCCACCAAGAAGCUGUUUUAGCACUACUUGCACCAAUCUAUCAAAUGGUCCUUACCAUUCAACAUGACCCACUCCCCAAGGGCUGGCAGAAAAUUAUAAUUCCAAGAGAACCACAUGAAAAUCUGGGGGUUACAAUCAGAGGAGGAACACAAGACCAGCCUGGAAAUCCAAAGGAUAGUGCUGAUGAAGGAAUAUUUGUGUCUUCAAUUCAACCAGAUGAAGCAGCAGCAAGAAAUGGAAAACUAAAAGAAGGGAUGAGGGUUAUUGAGGUAAAUGGAGUGUCAUUGCUGGGCUCUUCUUAUCAAGAGGCUGUUCUUGCCUUAAGCAAUGUAGGAGAUUCAGUAGAGUUCACCGUUUGUGAUGGUUACAAUACAACAGAUGUUGAGAACCCUGUGAAUGAAAUGUCUUCACACUGUGUAUUCUCCAUAGAUCAAGAUUAUGUUAAUGAAGUUUCCCAACAAGGAUGUAAAAAGAAGGAGCAGGUUGAAGAUAUUCUUAGCCUCUCAUCUAAUUCUUCCAGUUAUGCAGAAAAGGUUUUACCCCAUUUACCAGAGGGUGAAAAGUUUGAAGAAUUAACUUCAGCAUCAGCAUCCCAAAUUUUACCAGACGAUGUAGGAGAUUCUAAACAUUUGUCAGAAACUAUUACAAAAAUUGAACAGAUAAAUAAUUCAGUGAAUGCACCAACAUCAGGGACUGGAGUGAGCUUUCAUCCAGACUGCACUGAAGUGGAGUCUGACUUUGUGAAUACUACACAUUCAGAACAGUUGCUUAGAAGUCAGGAGGAAGGGCAGGAAGACUACAAUGUAGAGUUAGUCCACAAGGAGGACAACAGCAGUUUGUCAGCAUCUUGGUCAAACUUGGCUACAGAAACUUCAGGUACAGUAUCAGCUGUUCGGACAGUAAAAGCUGAGAGAAGAAUGCAAGCUAAGCUAAAACAGGAGGGUCUGGAAAUUCCUGAGGAGGAACUUGCUAAACUUACCCCAGCUCAACAGAGGGCACUACAAGCAGAAAAACGAGCAGCUUGGAGGCAAGCAAGAUUGAAAUCACUAGAAGAGGAUGCAUUUCGAGCUCAAAUGGUAAUAACACGAGCUAAGAAGAUGGCUGAAGCAAUGGAAAUAAGAUCAGUGUCACCUGCCUUGUCAAAUAUAAAGCCUGAUAUUAAUGAUCAGAAUAAAGAAGACCUCUCCACAAAAUUUGAACCAGAAACAUACAAAGGACAUGAAGAACUGUUAUUUCACACUAACGGAAAUGAAAAGAUGGAAACAAAUGAUGGAAAAGUGUUAUCUCUAGAAUUUAAAACAGAAGAAAAUGGCCAUGCUGAAAAUGGGAUUUCUGAAAAUAUCCGAGAAGGUGAAUUGUCAUCUGCUUCAGUAAAGAAGAAGAAAAAGCGUCGAACCAAAAGGAGAUCAAAUUUUUAAUUGAUAUUAAAGAAGUGUAAAUAUUGUAUGGGGAGUUCUACCUAAAUAAGUUUUGUCUCAAGCUCAGAGAAAGUUAGAUUUUGUUUUUCAAAUAUCUACUUUGAGAUAGGCCUUUGAUAUGUCAUGCACUUUUCCAGAUCAUUGCUUAUACAAAUUAGUAUUCUGUUUUUUAAAGCCUGAAGUCAAUAACCUGUAAAAACUUGAGUCUUUCAUUUACAAGGGUACUAUUGCUUUAUUAUACUCUUUUCUAAUGCAACUAUUUCGUUGUUAUAUUUUAAUUUAUUUUUUUAAUGAAUAGAUACAUUUUUUCUACUAUAUAAUUGUGUUUAGAUAGCAACGUAUGAUUAACAUAACAUUUUCUUUGGAAUAAAUAUAUUUAAAUGAGCCUUCAAAAUUUUCAAAUCGAACCGAUUUUUAUAAAGGGCUGAAAAUCCUUAUUUUAUGAACGUACGUUAAUGUGAAUAUAGUGUUCCCAAUGUAAAAGGAAUACGUAUCAGCUUAGAGGCGUUUUUAACACUUCAAACUAAUCGGUGCAAUUUUCUUAGAGGGCCCGUCCGUACUGGUCAGCUAUAGGUGUAGAAAUGUGUAAGUUUUUUUUUGUUUUUGCAUUACUUUGGGGGCCCGCAAUAUGAGGGGCCCGUCGGUGCUUUGCCCCGAUUCCAUCGACGUUAAAUACGUCACUAUAUCAGCUACUAUUUCAUUCACUUAUGGACAGAUUAUGUAUUUUGGUACGUGUAUUUUGAUAAAUAAAUGUUUGCUGUAGGUAUUUAUUCAUGUGUCUUCAGCUGUCAAUCUGCUGAUUCAGUUUGUAAUUGCAAGAAUAAAACAUUGUGUAGGUAUAUCUCAGUGUACUUUUGCUUCAGUUGUAGUAUUCGAAACUGUCAACAUAUUGUUACGUCUCCGUUCGUUAAUUAAUUUUCCGUAACUUCGUUCCGACGAAACUUUAGCGACACAAGUCCUUACUUAAUAAA